GAAGUGGGCCCGGCUCGCCCCCGGUGAACGCGCGAGCCAGAGCGGUGGGAAGGACUGCGGAGGGGGCUCGCUGGGCUCCCAGCCAGACCCGGGGAUCCGGAAGUGGCGCUCGCCAUCUCAACGGUGAGGGAACACCAGCGGGCGGCGGGAGAAAGGGGUUGGGCUCCGCGGGGAGCGAAUGAAACUCCGCAACAGGAAGUUCCUUCGGAGAGGCAUCGCACCCGGAAGUGUGGCAAGACAGCCGCCGCACCCGGAAGUGUGAUGCUUCCGCGGCUACGGGAAGUAAUGGUACCCGGCCAAUUGAGAUACGGGGUUAAAACAGGGAUGUGCAGAUGGAGGCCGGAGGAGACACUGCUGCCCCUGCCCCCGGGGACGCGGAGGACUUGGAGGACACGCGGUCCCCCAGUGAGGAGGCUGGAGACAGUGGAGGAGUUCACGAGGAGCCGCCAGAUCCCAGAGAGGAGGGUCUGGAGGAAACAGGAUCCGAGAUCAAGGACCAGCCACCCGGCCUGCAGUCACCACUGCCCCAGUUGGAGGCCCCAUCAUGUACCUGUCGGCUCUGGGAUCCUGCAGCCUCUGAGAAUAGUCCCUUGGAUGACCCCGAGAGUGGCUCUGGGGGCCAGGGUGGAGACCCCAGCGAUGAGGACUGGCGCAGCAAGAGGAAGCACGUGUUUGUGCUGAGCGAGGCAGGCAAGCCCAUCUACUCGAGGUACGGUAGUGUGGAGGCACUGUCGACUACCAUGGGUGUGAUGACAGCCCUCGUGUCCUUCGUGCAGAGUGCAGGAGAUGCCAUCCGCGCCAUCUAUGCUGAGGACCACAAGCUGGUGUUCCUACAGCAGGGCCCACUGCUGCUGGUGGCUGUGUCUAGGACUCCUCAAUCAGUAGCCCAGCUGCGGGGGGAGCUGCUAGCUGUGCACGCGCAGAUCGUGAGCACGUUGACACGUGCAAGCGUGGCCCGCAUCUUCGCCCGUAAGCAGAACUAUGACCUUCGCCGCCUACUGGCCGGCUCAGAGCGCACACUAGACCGGCUUCUGGACAGUGUGGAGCAGGACCCAGGUGCCCUGCUCCUGGGCGCUGUGCGCUGUGUGCCCCUUGCUCGCCCACUGCGGGAUGCACUGGGCUCACUGCUCCGACGUUGCACAGCGCCCGGCCUGGCACUGUCAGUGCUGGCGGUGGGUGGUCAACUGGUGACAGCAGCCCAGGAGCGGAAUGUGCUGGCUGAGUGCCGGCUGGACCCAGCUGACCUGCAGUUGCUGCUCAACUGGGUGGGUGCACCGGCCUUUGCGGCGGGGGAGGCCUGGGCACCUGUGUGCCUGCCCCGCUUCAACCCCGACGGUUUCUUCUAUGCCUACGUGGCCCGUCUGGAUGCCACGCCUGUCUGCCUGCUGCUGCUCAGCACCGACCCCGAGGCCUUCCACGACAUGGCCACCUGCCGGCGCCUGGUCGAAGACGGCAUGCACACGCUUGGUGCUAUGCGUGCCCUUGGGGAGGCUGUCAGCUUCUCUAAGGCCCCAUCAGCCAUUGCCCUUGCCUACAGUGUGCAGGCUGUGGGGGCAUCAGGCCUCCGGCACUUUCUCUAUAAACCACUGGACAUCCCUGACCAUCACCGCCAGCUCCCCCAGUUUACCAGCCCGGAACUAGAGGCCCCGUACAGCAGAGAGGAGGAACGGCAGCGCCUGUCGGACCUGUACCACCGCCUGCAUGCACGUCUGCAUAGCACCUCCCGGCCCCUGCGCCUCAUUUACCAUGUGGGUGAGAAGGAGACGCUGCUGGCCUGGGUGACCUCCAAAUUUGAGCUCUAUACCUGCCUCAGUCCCCUGGUGACCAAAGCAGGUGCCAUCUUGGUAGUGACCAAACUCCUGCGCUGGGUGAAGAAAGAGGAGGAUCGGCUCUUCAUUCGUUACCCACCCAAGUAUUCCACACCCCCAGCAGUCCCAGCUGCCUCUAUGGACCAAGCUUCCCAUAAUGGCUUAUUUCCUGGACCUUGAGCGGCAGAGCUCCCAGAUUGGGUGUGCUGGGAACAACCAACCACCUUUGGCUUUUACCUUCUGUCUCUACCUUGGAAAUGGGGUGGGCAGGUGUCGUGUGUGCGGGGAGAGGAUGAGUGAUGGUGGUGCAGGUGGUGUCUGUGGUUGGUCCCUCUCUCCCUGGGCAAUGGGGCAAGAGCAAGAUGUGAGGGCCUGCCCACAAACGAGAGAUGGGCGGCAGUAUGACUGCACACAGGUGAGCAGGCUGUAUUACCAGCCCCUCCAUGCAGGUCUACCUUCGGAGAAAUCCUUAGACCUCUUCCCCUCCCUCUGCCUCACCUCCUCCACUUGGAUGAUGUUCCAGCUUCGCCAGGGGCUGUCUCCUCCAGUUCUCAGCACCCCACCCUCUUCCUGCAUCCAGAGUCUACCUGCUCCUUGAGUGUCCAGGGCUGGCCAAGGUCUCUUUGGCUGGCUCAUGGGGGUUCUGGAAUUGGGAAUGCAGGGCCAGGAACUGGCCUGAGAAUAUUUUAAAGAAAGAAAACUGUAUAUCAGAGGCCUAAACCACUCCCCACAAGGACAUUCUUUUGCCCUUCCUGUACUUCAUCCGUAUCCUGUCAUCAGUGUUGGCUGCUGCUGCUAAGGAGAAGGUAGCCUCCACUGUCUACGGGGUAUGUAACCCAGAGCAAAGCCCCUGGCUGCACACAUUGGCUGAGAUCCAGAAUUUUUACAUAGGAGGUACACUUAGCUUCUAAGGGUCAUUCGUGAAAUGGAGACAUCCUCUCACAGGCUAAGUGAGGAUUUGUAAACGAAAAGGGAUUCGAACUUUUGUGUACCACCGCGUAACACAUGCACAUUUGUCCCAGAUUUUCUCACACCCAGCACAAUUACAAGCAAACUGGAGAAGGAGAGACGGCCCUAGGUUUAUAUGUGUAUGCGCAAUACUGACUCCCCAAGCCACCAAGGCCCUAGUUCCGCCCUUGUUUUAUCUAAACGAGUUGCGGAGGCAUGCCACUAACUGCCAAUCAGGGGCUCGGGACGGUCCGCUUGUCAUGAGGAGCAGAUGCACACGGCACGCAUGCGCACUGAAGAGCAUUUCUACCCUCCAGGGUUUUUUUCCCCCCUCCAACCAAUCACCCAAGGCGCAGGCGCGAAAGCCCCGCGUUGGAAAAUGUCGGGGAAGUUGGAGCCUUUGAAAAUGGAGCCGCUGGAAGUCGAGGAGGCUGAGGAAGGUGAAGGUAAUGAGGGCCUCUCCCAGCCAGGGCAGUAAGAUGGAGCCUUGUCCUAGUACGGUAAUGAAAUAUUGUGAUAGCAGUAAAAGUUUUAAAAAGUUAAAAAAGUAAAAUUGUAAGCCUUUUAUAAAAUACUGUUCAGCAAAGUGGGGAGAAAUAAUAUGCAUAUUCUCAUCUAGAUUAACUCAUGUCAGCUUUAUUGGACAUAUUGUUUAGUUUUUUUAAUAUAAACAAUAGACUAAAUAGUAUGCAUCUUUUGUAGAUUCUCUGUGUGUAGAGGAAAUAUACACUGGAACAUUCAGCAACGAACGGGGGUGGACAUUCUCACAAAAAUUACUCUGCUGCUGCCACAUCUAAGAAAAGUAACAGUAAUUCCCCAACAGCACUUGACACCCAGCUCGUAUCACGCUCUGUAUGGACUCUUACAUCUUAAUUGAGAAUGGCACUCCUACAGACCUUUUUCUUUUCUCCAGGGCAUUUUGAUAAUGACACCUACACUCUAGGGAGGGGGUGAAAAUUGUCCUACAGACAAGUGGGAAUUGCAGUCUAGCCAAAAGGAGAGACUUACCCAAGACAGUGAUCCACUAUUGUACCACUAGCAUUUUUUUAACUAUAGGAAUUUUCAAAAUGUACCAAAGUACAGAAAACAGCAUGAUGAAUGCCCAUGUACCCAUCGUUUCUACAGUUGUCAACUUUCUGCCCUCCUUUCAUCAAUCGCUAAACCCCCUUCCUGCACAGUCUUUAAACCGCUAUAUUAAUAAACGUGUUGGAUUGCGUUUUCCCAGACCUUUCUAUGUAGGCAUCAAUAACAAUGAUUAUUUACUUGUUAUUUUCUAACCUGGGAUGUUAGAAUCAUUUAUUGUUUCCCCAAUGCCCAAACAAUGCCUACUUAGCAGAUAGUAGGUGCUCAAUAAUUUUCUUUGUUUAUUGUAUGAAUAAUGAAAUAAUUUUAACAUGGAGAGCGCUCAGGUUAGGGGCAUACAUUGAAUGCCAGCUUUCAACAAAGGAUGGACAGAAAUGAAACAUGCAAAUCUCAUUUAUUAAGCACUUACUAUAGCUAGCUGACUGCUGAAAAAUUUUUAGUUAGUAUCUCAAAUUCAUCAAAAUUGAAGUUAGUAACUUCACCAAAAAUGGAGAAAAUGUAAAGCAUAUCAGGUUCCUAUUUCUAGCCAUCAAAAUUGGCUUUGUAAAAUGAGGGAUAAUAUGUAUUGAUUACUCUCUGGGGAAAAGGUUAUCUCUUUCCUCACUGUGAGAGCUGACCAGGACAGGUUUUGCUAGAGUCAGUUUGGCAAAACACGUUUAGCAUCCAAAAUGCUAUUCUGUAUCGUCAGUCCUAUGCUUGGUAAUCAGGAGAAUGCACAGAUGUGUGGACCAGGAAGGAACAUUGGAGUGUGUUGUUGGAAGCAAAACCCAAGGAACAGUCACGAAAAUGGCUAAAUUUUGGUAUAUCCAUGCUUCGUAUGGAAUGCGUGUGGUGGACUUUUUUUUUAAGCUGCAGGAAAAAAAUAAUUCCAAUUUAAUUUAAAAUAACUAACUUUAAAAGGACAAGGUCAUGAUUUAUUGACACAGAAUGAGCUCCAAGAGAGAUCAUAUCUUGAUGAGAAAACAAUUUGGGAUUUGAAAGGGAGGGUGGGUGGUAAUAUCAACUGUAGCCUUGUGUGGGUUGCAUAGAAAAAUGUCUGCGGGCUAAAGUCCAAACUGAUGGCUUAACAAGGGACUUGGAUUUGGGGAACUGUGCAGAAGUACAGGCAUUUUUGUGAUUUUUUUUUCUUUUAGAAAAAUAUAAGUAGUACUGUACAGUUUUAAAAUGUGAGUAAGAGGGAAAAUUUGAAUCACAUCCAAGGAUCAUAUAUUAAUAUUGAUUACUAUUAACAUCUCGGUUUUGGUGGUUAUACUGUGGUUACCUGGUAGUUUCCCCUUGUAUAGAGGAAAUAUACACUGGAACAUUAAGGAAUAAUGGACCAUGAUGCCUGCAAUUUAUGGUACAGAAAUGGGAAGCCUGAUACAAGGGCAAAUAGGAGCAUGGUGGUCUAUUUCUACAACUUUUAUGUACAUCUUGAAGUUUCAAAAUAAAAUGUUUAAAAGGGUAUCAUGCUCUAUAGGGUGUUUUGUAACAGAUUUUUUUUUUUUUAAAUUAUCAAGCUGUUAGUUGGAUGAUACAAAAGAUUUACUGGUCACCCAUGAUCUUACCUCAAGACUAGAACUAGACAUACAGGGGAGAGAAAAACAGAUGGAACUUGCACAGGUAUGGUUGUAAAAGCCAGCUAUAAAAGAUACAUGGGGACAGAGAGGGAAUCAUGUUCUGGGCACUGGAUGAUAUUAAUGAUCCAGUGAUUAGUGAUGAUUGUUAAUCGUGGUGUUAUUUAUAGGAUUGGAGUCAUCUAAGAAAAUAUCUUCACGUAGUGAGGCUCUUAAUGAAGUAUCUGGGGAUGAAAUGUUAUGAAGCCCGGGACUUGCUUGAAAAUACUUUAGUACAAGAAGCACAUAGCUGAAGCAAAUAUUCGUGAAUAUUAACGAUUGUCAGAUCUGGGCAAUCAGAGUUCAUCAUGGUAUCU